CCACUUCUCUCUUUCACUCUCUCCUUCAGCUUUUUCAGCAUCCACACUUUUUUUUUCUCCUCACCGACUGCACAGCAAUCCUCUUCUCCACAUACAUCCAACUCUCAACAAACCCCCACCACUGGCAAACUCCCAAGAAGAACCAACUAGGAAAAUAGGACCACAAGCAACAAUCAGGAUGACUACUACUACUACAACUGCGACUACUCUCAACGAGCAAAACCACAAGAAACCAAUCCUACGGUCCAUCAAGUUCAACAGCUUCUUCUUCAGCUCGGCCAUCUUCUUGCAUCUCACCCAACUCCUCGUCUUCCCAUUCGUCAUCCUCUCCGAUUCAACCUUCACCAGACACUUAAGACUCAAGUACAACUGUCUGGCCAGGAAGACCUUUGCAAUCAUCUUGAUCCUAAUCACCCAGAUCUUUGCGCCGACUAAUUUGGUCCUCACAUCGGAUCACUCGAUAGAUCUGAACCAAGUCGUACGGAGAGAUAAGAAUGGAAACAUCAUCGCAAUCGAUUUACCAUCACAUUCCAUCAUCAUGGCUAAUCACCAGAUCUAUGCGGAUUGGCUAUAUGUAUGGUCUCUGGCGUAUCUGGCAGAUAUCCAUAGUGCACUGAUUAUCAUUCUCAAGGCCUCGUUGAAAUGGGUACCGCUCGUUGGUCCUGCGAUGCAAAUGUUUUCGUUCAUUUUCCUGAAUAGGUCGUGGGCCACAGACAAGAAAGACCUGACAAUCCAACUGGACCAGUUGGCAGACCAGACCUACAACCCGACGAUGAGCUCCCUAAACAAGAUCGGGCUGCUGAUUUUCCCGGAAGGGACGUUGGUCAGUCCAUUGACUCGGCCGGCAAGCAAGAAAUACGCCGAGAAAUGUGGGGUGGAUGAUUUGAAACAUUGUCUACUACCCCGUUCCACCGGCUCUCUCUUCUGUAUGAGGGCGUUGAGCCAGAAAAUCCCGGACUUGAAACUGAUCGAUCUUACAAUUGGCUAUUCGGGCGUCCCAGCUGAUGGACAUGGACAAGAUUAUUACACGCUUCAGUCGAUCUUUGGCUAUGGCCGUCCGCCCCCGAAGGUGCACAUCCACAUCAAAGUCAUUCCAGUCUCCGAGAUCCCGAUAGGACAUGUUGCUCCGCGACCUUCGACGCCCAAUCCGAUCUCCGUCUCGAUCCCGACCAACGAUCUUCCGGUGACAAUAGACGAGAAGAAGACGACGCCGAAGGAGCUGAGCAGUAUGAAUGACCCAUCGCCCGAAGAAGUGGACCGGUUCGACAGCUGGCUACGCGGCCUAUGGGUCGAGAAAGACAUGCUUCUUGACCAGUUCUACGCCCAUGGUCGCUUCGAUCCGGCCCCCCUCGAUCUGUCCCACAAACAUCUGUCACACCACUCUCUCGAAAAACGGGCCCUUACUCCCCCUCUCGAAUGGCCUAUCCAGCUUAAGAAUUAUAGAGAUCUUAAUAGGACUUUUGGCUUGGCUCUCCCUGGCGUCUUUCUCGUCGCUUGUGCUUUCAAACUUCUCUUCUUUUGAAACCCCCUCCCCCUCAUAUUUUAUUCCUCUUCCUAUAAACCAAGCCCCUUCAUCCCCCCCCCCUCCUCACUCUUCAGCUAGCAUUCGUCAUUUCAAUUAGGUCCUUUGAUAGCAUAUUCCUCCUCCUCAAACCCAAUCUCUUUUCACUUCUUUUUCUUCUCGUUAUCAUUUUUCUUUAUCUCUGAUUUGAGAUUGGUUUGCUAUAUUUCUUCUAUUGCCUCUUUGUUUGAAAGAAACAUAACCAAUUUUGUCUUUAUUUUUUGAUUUUUUUCUUAUUUUGGUUUAGUGAAACUUUAUUGGACAUUUGGAUUGGAUAAAUACAUAUACACACUUAAAAUACACAUAAAUAAACAUAUACAUAUCAUUGGUGUUUUUUUUUCAUUUUUCAUUUUUGUAGAUCAUUUUAUGUUAGGUUGUAGCAGUUGUUGUAGUUAUAGGUCUAUGUAAACAUAUACAAGGAGUAGUCGCAUUCAUCGAUUUUGUACAUAAUCUGUCGGCCAGUUCUUCGCUCAUCUCAUCCAAGAAGAAUGGAGAGCAAGUGCAUCAUCUUAUCAUCACAAUACAAGCAAGAUUUAUAUAUCAUCUUU